AUCAAUAAGUGCCCAUUUCCACCCCCGCUUUCUUCUUUUGAUCCUUUUCAUCUACGACAUAUCGACAACCCAACAACAAAUCCAUCCAUCAUCAACCAACGCGUCUAUUUCGACGUGCUUUACCAUCAAUAAACCACUCACACAUCCUCAAACAACUUCAUCAUGACUGGACGCGGAAAGGGAGGAAAGGGACUUGGAAAGGGCGGAGCCAAGCGCCACCGCAAGAUUCUUCGUGACAACAUCCAGGGUAUCACCAAGCCCGCCAUCCGCCGUCUCGCACGUCGUGGAGGUGUUAAGCGUAUCUCAGCUAUGAUCUACGAAGAGACCCGUGGUGUCCUCAAGACCUUCCUCGAGGGUGUCAUCCGUGACGCCGUCACCUACACCGAGCACGCCAAGCGCAAGACCGUCACCUCACUCGACGUCGUCUACGCCCUGAAGCGUCAAGGCCGCACCCUGUACGGUUUCGGCGGUUAAGCGUUUCCUGUACAAACAAACAACAAAUACGCCACACCAUCAUUCCUCUCCGUCACGAUCUCCCAACAUCUCUUGGCCUCGCUGCACCCUCGGUGGUUGUAUUUCGAUUCAGACAUACGUUACUUUUGAUAGUCUUCGGACGGUCUAGCAUGCUGUUUACGGCAG